AUGAGAGAAGAAAACCAGUCCUCGACUUCGGGCUUCAUUCUCCUGGGAAUUACUGGCAAGCAGGAGCAGGAAGACGUCUUCUUCAUCCUCUUCCUGUUUAUUUACCCCAUCACAUUGGUUGGAAACCUGCUCAUCAUCUUGGCCAUCCACUCUGACAACCGCCUUCACAAUCCCAUGUACUUUUUCCUUGCCAAUCUCUCCUUUGUUGACAUUCUGUUCUCAUCUGUGACUGUCCCAAAGAUGCUAACAAACUAUAUUUUGAACAGUAAAGACAUCACCUUCGGAGAAUGUCUAACACAGAUGAAUUUCAUGAUUGCCUUGGCCAACACAGAUAGUUAUAUCUUGUCUGUGAUGGCUUAUGACCGUGCUGUGGCCAUCAGCCGCCCCCUUCAUUAUACAACGAUUAUCAGCCCAAGGUCUUGUAUCCUGCUUGUUGCUGCGUCAUGGGUGAUUGCAAACACCAAUGCCCUUCUACACACUCUGCUUACAGCCAGUCUAUCCUUCUGUGGCAACAAGGAAGUGGCCAACUUUUACUGUAGCAUUAUCCCUCUGCUCAAAUUAUCCUGUUCUGAUAUUCACUUUAAUGCGAAAAUGAUGUAUGUAGGGGUUAGUAUAUUCUGUGUGCCAUUGAUAGGCAUCAUUAUCUCCUAUGUCCAGGUCUUUGCCACGGUGCUGCGGGUUCCAUCCACCAAAGGCUUGCUCAAAGCCUUCUCCACCUGUGGCUCCCACCUCACAGUUGUUUCUUUGUAUUAUGGGACAGUGAUGGGUACGUAUUUCCGUCCUCUGACCAGUUAUGGCCUAAAGGAUGCAGUGGUGACUGUAAUGUACACAGCAGUGACGCCAAUGCUAAAUCCUUUCAUCUACAGUCUGAGAAAUCGGGACAUGAAGGCUGCCUUGAAGAAACUUUUCAUCAGGAGAAUGUCCUCAUAA